GUGGUGGGCCGCAUCUCCCCCUUGCUGAGCCCUAGAACCCACUCCUCCCUGCUCCUGCGCUCAGACCCCCGGCAUCCUGGCCCCUGGCCAGCACGCAGAGCCACCGGUGACCGCAUCGCACUCCCCGCUCUCAGCCUCUCAUUGUCCUGCCCUGUCUUGUUCCCUCUUUCACGUUUCCUCUGCCCAUCCUCCCAUUUUUCACAAGUCUGUCCGGGACCCUGUCUCCUUCGGCCUCCACCCCUGCUGCCAUCUCUCCUCCCUCUCCCCUUCUUCCGCUUCCCUUCCUUCAGCCUCCUGCGCCGCCUACCCCGCCCCCAGCCUUGCUGCCCUUUGGCUCCUCCUGCCCCGCAUCCUUACCCCGGCCCACAGCCCCAUUUGCCUGCAGUCGCUGCCUUUGCUUCUGAGAAGGUCUGUAGCCUCGUUUCGGGCCCGUAUUGAGCCCCCUUCUCCCUAAGUCCGGGUGGGCUUUGUGCAGCAGGGGCGGGAAGGGAGCUGUGCUGGGCGAGGCUGCGUGGUGCGGUGCGUUCAGGCCUUUGGCCCCACAGCGGGGGCGGCCUGUGCUUGGCGUGCAGAGUGCAACUGGGUAGGCGCUGUUACUGCAAACGGGCCUGUGUGUCCCAGGCUGGGGCGUAACUGCUUGUGAGCCUGCAGAUGGGGACACACCGGCCGCCUAGGCUGCUUCUAGGCUGAGGCACCUUCUCCACCUAGCUGCCCCCCAGGGAGUGUGGGCAAAUCCUCCCCAGGGGAGGAAUGUUGGGCGCCUAGGCCUCUUCCUGGUGAGCAGAGCCUCAUCCAUGGGGUCACUGACCCCACAGUUACCCCAGAACCCUUUGCUGGCACAGCUUGUGACCUGGGGCGUGUAGCCCUUAAGGCACGUUCAUUGUGAAGGGCAGAUUUUGUCUCCUCCAAACCCUCCAUUUAGGAAUGCUGCCUGCUGCGUUGCCUAGGGUUGGCCCUGAGUGUUCCUAUCAAUCGCCGUUCACUCUGGGGUGGAUUAAACCACCUCCUGGAGGGUGCUGUAUCCCCACUGUGCUAUGGGGGGGUUUGUGUCGUGUGCAUUCCUGCCUGGUCCCUGAGAGUUGCCGACACGUGGAACCUGAGGCAGCAGGACAGCCUGGCGUUGGCCACGGGACAUUGGCCACAGCCAUAGCAACUUCGGCAUCAAAUGGGGCAGGAGAGAGAACAUUAAGGCAGCCAUGAGCUCCAGCCGCCCUGAGCCGGGUCCCUGGGCACCCCUGAGCCCCCGCCUUCAGCCCCUGUCCCAGAGCUCUUCCAGCCUGCUGGGUGAAGGCCAGGAACAGAGGCCAGAGCUCCGCAAGAGUGCCAGCAGCACCGUGUGGCAGGCCCAGCUGGGCGAGGCCAGCACCAGACCCCAGGCCCCGGAGGAAGAGGGGAACCCGCCUGAGAGCAUGGAGCUGGCGCGGGCCUCUGGCCCUGAGGCACGACCCAGUGCUGGAGGCCACUGGCGGAGCAGCACUGUGGGCAAUGUGUCCACCAUGGGCGGUGGUGACCUGUGUCGCCUGCGGGCCCCCAGUGCUGCUGCUAUGCAGAGGAGCCACUCAGACCUGGUCCGUAGCACCCAGAUGCGGGGACACAGUGGUGCUCGGAAGGCCAGUCUCAGCUGCUCAGCCCUUGGCAGCAGCCCUGUCCACAGGGCUCAGCUGCAGCCGGGUGGUACUUCUGGCCAGGGUGGCCAGGCCCUUGCAGGCCUGGAAAAGGACCUGGCUCCUGAGGAUGGGACUUCUAACUCAGCCUGGAUGCUGGGGGCGAGUCAGUUGUCAGUGCCACCACUAAACCUGGGGGACACAACUGCCCACAGCAGCAGUGCCCAAGCUGAGCCCAAAGCCGCUGAACAGCUGGCUACCACCGCCUGCCAUGCUCUGCCCCCAGCUGCUCUACUCCGUGGCAUGAGGGAGAUGGGAGCUGGUGGCUGCUGCCAUGCCCUACCUGCCACAGGGAUCCUGGCCUUUCCCAAACUAGUGGCGUCAGUGAGCGAGUCUGGGCUGCAGGCUCAGCAUGGGGUGAAGAUCCACUGUAGGUUGUCUGGGGGGCUCCCUGGGCACUCCCAUUGCUGUGCCCACCCUUGGGGUCCCACCGGGUUAGUCCCAGAGCCUGGCUCUAGGACCAAAGAUGUGUGGACCAUGACCUCAGCCAAUGACUUGGCCCCUGCAGAGGCAUCCCUGCUGUCAGCCCAGGAUGCUGGUGUGCAGGCGGCCCCAGUGGCAGCCUGCAAGGCUGUGGCCACCAGUCCGUCCCUGGAAGCGCCUGCAGCCCUGCAUGUGUUCCCAGAGGUAACACUGGGGUCCAGCCUGGAGGAGACGCCGUCCCCUGUGCGGGAUGUGCGAUGGGAUGCUGAGGGCAUGACAUGGGAGGUGUACGGAGCUGCGGUGGACCCAGAGGUACUCGGUGUGGCCAUCCAGAAGCACCUGGAGAUGCAGUUUGAGCAGCUGCAGCGAGCGCCCACCAGCGAGGACAGCCUGUCUGUGGAGGGCCGGAGGGGACCACUGCGGGCUGUCAUGCAGUCCCUGCGGCGCCCCAGCUGCUGUGGCUGCUCCAGUGCGGCCCCCGAGUGAGGAGCUGUGGCCCUUGGAGCUGGCCUGGGCCCACUGACUUUGUCCUAGACCUGGGCCAGGGAUGAUGGGGGCUCCGUGCCCCCUGGACCCACCGGCAGCUGGGCACAUCUCUCACCUGAACAUCGGCUGCCUCCGGACCACAGGACUGCAGCCUGGGGCUUCCUGCCCCACACAGCUGGGCUGUUUUCUUAAGGGCUUGAUUUCCAAGGGCCACAUCUCUGCACCUUGUGGGUUCUCAACUUUGAGACAGGGCUUUAGCACUGUGCGGAGGGGAGAUCCUGAGUUUUCUGUAAAAAAUGACCUUUUGUUCACUCCACCCUCAGAACUCUGCCAUGUUGCCUCCUCAGACUCUUGGCUUUAUUUGAAAGCAGUGCUGAGAAAUAGUGAAUUCUCGACAUAAAGUGUGAGGCCCCAGUGACAGGGACUGCCCGGGGUUUAGGGAAGGGGACUAAUGUUAUCAGAGGCCUGCUGUGUACCACAUACUGUGCUUGUCCUGUCUUCACCUCUUCAUCCUGGUUUACAGAUGAAAUGACAGACAUUUGGCAAGGCUGUAGCCGUUGUGCCCCACACUGGACAGCUUGAAGAGGUGGGACUGAGAUUCAAAGCCAGGGCUGGCUGAGCCUGGGGUGUUUCCCCAUAGCAUGUGCCCGGUUUAGUCAGUGCAGUCAUGUACAAGGAGAAUUUACUGAGCCCAUACUCUGUGCUGGGUUCUGUGGAUCUGUGGUGAAUGAGACAGAGGCUGCCCCUGCCCCGGCUGAGCUCAUGGCAUGGGUUGUGGAUGGCAGGGGAGGAUGCUGACCAUUACGGAGGGCUGCCAGGCUUCCAGGGUCAUUGUGUCAGAGGCUGUCCUGAGGAAGGGGAGAAUGGGUGGCCACCUGCCCUAAAAUCAGUUGCAAAGCCUAAAAUUGCACUAUUUUCACCUCAUUCUGUCGGCUUAAGGAUUUCUCCCCAACUGAUGUAAUUCGUGGAAGGAGGGAGCACAGGAAUGGAGGGGGACAGGGAAGGAGCUUUGCCCUGGCCCCGGGGUAGGGGCUGUGAGGUUGUGGGGGCUCACUUGCCCACAUGACCUGACCUAGGCUAGGCAGUGGGGGCCAGGGGCCUCGGAGAGACAGAAACAGGGGUUUGGCACAGUCUGACUUCGUUGCCCAAAAAUUUCCCAAGGCCUGUGAGGAACGGGAGUCGGCUUGUGUUCUUGUUCUGGGUCUUGGUCUUGAAGAUCCUAAGUUCUCGGGACACAGCCCCCCAGUCCACCCUUGCGAGGGACCAAAGGGCUAGUGUGGGGUCAUGGCCCAUGAUCUGGCGUGUUUCUGGGGCUGCUUCUGCACCUAGAAGCCCAGAACCCCGAAACUGGUGGCUUACAUUUCCCCAUCCUCAAAGACCUGGUACUCACUGAGGUGGAAAUGACUCAUGCAACGGUGGGUGAAUUUGUAAAGCAAGAGUGGCAUUUCCACAGGCCACAAGGACAAAGUGAGAAAGGUGUGUGUCAGGUCAGAUGCCUCCUGAGGCCCCACGAUGGACCAUUCUCACCUGUAAAUGUGCCUUUCCAGUAUGCAUAGGUGCACCCCUUCUUGGGAUUCUGGGGCUGUCAGUUCCUUUGUGUAUGGUGCCAGAGCAGGCAGCUCACGUUCUGGGGAGUGACACAUGGGUAUAUGCCAUCUUCAUGCGUGGCUCCCCAUAGAGUCUCCAGAAACCCCAGCCUGUUGGGACCACAUGGGUGGAGGGAGGGCAGGACCUGCCCGGCAGAUGCUACAGCCUGGUCAGAUACUUGGAUGUGCCAGUCCUGCCAGGGCCAUGAUGAGUGUCUGCAGUGGCAGCUCAUUUGGGGUGUGUGUUGGGUUGGGAGGUGACCAGGGGUCCCCAUUGUGAAGAUCCUGGUGUAACUGAGGAAAGGAACUUUAGGGAACUGUGGAAGGGGUUGGGGGGUACCAGAUUUCAGUUUAGAAAUAUCCAUUUGGCUUCCAGUGGAGAAGAGCAGGGUGCAGAAGAGGUGGGAGGCAGGAGCCCAGGAGUAUGUGCUGGGGGACGCCAAGGAGGGGCCUGUUUAGGAGCAAUGGAGUGGGCAGCUGGGAACUGAGUUCAUACAUGUGCACACACACGCAUACACAGGCACACGUGUGCAGUGGACUUGGGGAGGAGGCAUUUCAGGAUGCUGAGGUUUCCCGUUUGAGCAAGAGGAGGAUGAGGCCACUACCUGGAACAAGGUGAAUGGCAUGUUCAGCAGGUGCAGAAAGGGCCAGAUGCCACAGGGUUUGGCUGGGACCAGUGAAACCCAUUUCAUGAAGAGACUUUCUUCUCUGUCACAUGUAGAUUCUCAUAUGUUCACGCUGGCUGGGUACGACUCUGUGCUACCUCCAUGUUGCCCCAGGUCUCCAGGAUGGCAGCCGGGCUGGGCUCAGCCAAGCUCCCGUUCACCUCAUCGUCACUGAGAUGAAUAUUUGUGGUGCUGGAAUCCAACACCUGUGUCUUGGCUGGGGCCCCAGACCACUCUCCUGGUUAAACCACGAUCUUUGUCUCCCUAGCCCGGUUGCACAGCUGCUGCCGACAGGUCUACCGGGAGUGACUGCAGCCUCAGUUCUGACUGGAACUGGAGACCCCUCCCAUCCCCACUUGCUGUGACCUCUCCUGGGACAGGCCUGAUACCUGCAGUGGUUUAGGGCCCCAGAGCAUGGCCAGUGGUUUAGUUUACAGAUUUCCUCCCCUUGGACUCUAGAUUUCUGGCCAGAGUUUCUGGGUCCCUUUCAGGCCCUGCUGUGGGAGGCAUUGGAGUUUACUGUUGAUGUGUUUGGAUUUGAAUUCAAAAUAGAUACAAAUUCAGAGGUCAGAGCUUUGCCAGACCCUAGCAGGGAUGGGGCAUCGGUCCUGGCUGGUCUUGUUUACUUUGUCAUGGUAAAUUCUGUUUUUUGGAGCAUAAACCCCAGAGUUCUAGAGCCCCUUGUCUCAGCAGGAAUCCCCCCUCUGUCUUCUCCAGGGGAUCCCCACUUCUGCCCACCUGCUCUCCUUCUGUGGCAUUCGGGACCUCCGACAGCUGAGGCCUGGCUUCCUGGAGUUUGUCACCUCUGGGCAUGCCUGUCUUGUGUCCAGGACACAAGACAUGCAUCCCUUGUCUGGCCCCAGGCUGCCAUCACUCUCACAAGAAACUUGUAGAGUAGAGCUGGCCUGAGGUCACAGUGCUGGUGGUGGUGGAAAAGCAGGGAUGGCCUGUUCCACUGUGAUCUUGCCUCCUGUGUCACCUGGAUUGGGUCUCCGUCCCCCUAGACAUGUUAGAUCCUGACUUUACGAGAGCUGAAGGGGUCUCCUGCACACAGGUCCUAACACUUUGGGCUGGGGUCGGCCACUGUAGCUUAGUGGGCUAAAGCUGGAGUUUGAAUCUGGGUCCACACCUAUAGCCAUGUGAUCUUGGGCAAGUUGCAAGCCUUGAUGAUCUUCCUCAUCUGUAAGAUGGGGAUGACAAUGGUGCCUCCUUCACAUGCUUGGUGUGGAGAUUAAAUAGAGUAACCCAGGUAGUGCCUGGCACUGAGUUAGUGCUCAGCACACAGGCUGGUAGUGUUGGGCACCCCUCUCAUAGACACAUUCAGGGGCCAGCUCUUACCUUGCUAGCUUGGCUGUGAUCAAAGCCCACAUCCCACUUCCUUAAAAGUUCCUUGUUCAGAGCCCCUUUCCAGGUUCUUUGCCCACAGCUUUGCACCCUGCCUGGGACUUGUGCCUUCUGAAAGGGGCCUCUGAAAAUGUAGUUCCCAGAGUACACUGAGGAGGAGGGCUACCCUAGCCCUCACCACUCAUCUUGGGUUGGGUUCUCCAGAAGCUUCUGCUGAGAUGAGGAUGCUGGAGUUACCAGGGAGGGGAGAGCAAAUUAGGGGAGGGACAGAAGGCAAGGCAGGGUGUGAUUUCAGUCCAAGCCAGACCCUAAAGGGGAGCCCUGGGUGCAAUCCCACCUCAGAGUAAGGACUACCCAGGGGUGGAGAUGUAGCCUUCAGGCACUUCUGCUCUCUGGCACGCAGGCUAGGAAGCUCUAGAAGCCCCAGGGUAGGUCUCCUCAUGGAGUUGUAGGGCGAAGUUGUGCACAGAAACCACCAGAGGGAGUCACAGGCAUUUGGGGGUGCACCAACUGACAUUUGCGUCCGUGUCAUGGCAAGCUUGUGGCCCACAAAUGCCCAGACCUUUUCUCCAUGCGUUAUUCUGUCUCAGUUUUGUUCAUGCCAAGCAGUCUUGGUUAGUUAAAUGCAGAGCUUGGCAUGUGCCCAUGUUAAAUUCCUUCUCUUUUUUCAUUCUGGCCUGGCCUGAUUUUGCCAUCUGAAGCUAUGACUAGUCCUUUAUCAGUUUUCAUCCAACUUGUCAGGCAGGGCAGGGCUGGUAUGAAGCCCAGGACGUAUCGCUGGGACAUCCUGUAGGUCUGUGAGAUUCCCAGGUCCCUCCAAAUCCACACCUUCAUCAUGAGCAAAUUAAUUUAAGUCUGAUCUGUUAAGAUCCAGAUCUGUCACGCCAACAGUACCCACCCGUUUUUCCCAUGGCCAUGGAAGGAAGGUAGCAUAGCCUGACUCGAGUCCUCGUUCUCAGCAGAACUGGUUCUGUCGUGGCCACUUCCCUUUCUCAGCUCUUACCUACUUCUGUUUCAUAGGCUGGUCUGCAAGUCUGAGAGCAACAGCAAGCUUAGAAGUGUGGACUCGGCCUGUUACAGUGGCUCAUGCCUGUAAUCUCAGCACUUUGGGAGGCUGAGGUGGGCUGAUUGCUUGAGCUCAGGAGUUCGAGACCAGCUUGGGCAAUAUGGCAAAAUCCUGUCUACAAAAAAUACAAAAAUUAGCUGGGCAUGGUGGUGUGCAUCUGUAGCCUCAGCUACUUGGAGGGUUGAGGUGGGAGGAUUGCUUGAGCCCAGGAGGCAGAGGUUGCAGUGAGCUGAGACAGUGCCACUGUGCUCCAGCCUGGGUGAUGGAGCCAGACCCUGUCUCAAAAAAAGACAAGAAAGAAGUAUGGACUCCACCUUCUUGCCCUUUUGUAGAUUGGGAACUGCCUGCCCUUGGCCUCUUUCCCGUCCAUCUCGUAUUAUGAAAGGUUGUUUCUGGCACACCCAGGCUCCUCUGCAUGCUUCCUGGGAAGUGACUGAGGGUCAGAGGAAUGGAGCCCCUCUGCAGUUGGCCGCUGGUAUCUUCCCUAUUGAACCCUUCUUUAGGUUUGCUCGCUCUUUUUGAUGGGUGUCUUUCCAAAGCUGGCUGGGGACCUCCCUGAUUGAGAGACAUGGGGCUAGUUCUGUUGCUGUGGCUACACAGAAAUAAUAAACCAGAAAAACACC